UGUAAUUUUUUACAUGAACUUCGCCAUCAAUUUAACUAUCAAUCGUCUGUUUCCAAACGGAAAAAUUCCCAGCAUAAAGAAUAAAUAAAUUAUUCAUAUAGUACUAUUUCAUGCGAAAAUAAUUUGCUGUAUAUUAUCGAUGAAGUGAAAAACAACUAAGAAUUCGCGAUGACUAACAUCCGUCUUGGAAUCGUAGGAUGUGGAUUAACGGGAGUAAUUACAGCUAUGUUAGUUAAGCAGCGACUUCCUCAAAUUAGUGUCAUGAUAUUAGAGAAGUCAAGAGCAACUGGUGGUCGUAUGUGUACUUCUAAAAGUUCUAAAGAAAUUCCUGUUGAUUUAGGAGCUCAGUUUAUAACUAAAACAAAGAAUUUAACUCCCGUUCAAGAAAAUCUCUAUACAGAAUUGUUAAGCAAUGGGAUCUUGGAACCUUUACAAAAAGUUGUUGAAGGGUUACGGAUGACGCCCUCUACUGUUGGAAAUUUUGUCGCUCCCAACGGAACUGGUUCAAUUGUUAAAUAUUUUUUGCAAAAGUCAGGUUGUGAAGCACUUUUCAAACAUCGAGUAAUUAAAGUAAAUUCUUCAAAUAAAAAAUGGAUUUUGGAAUAUGAUAAUGGAUCAAGUCAUGAAUUUGAUGCAGUAGUUUUGACUAUACCGAUUCCUCAAAUUUUGCAGCUAAAUGGACUAUCUAACCUACUUCAGGAUUAUUACCCAAAAUUGGAGGCUGUUGAGUACUGCUCCAGAUUUGCACUUGGAUUAUUCUAUGAUACAGAAUGUGACUUUUCUGUAAAAUUUCCUGAUUCUGCUAAAUUUUUUCCUAAUGAUCCAGUGAUAGCUUAUUACUCCAUUAAUCAUCAAAACCAAACUGCAAAGACCACCAUAGUAGUUCAUUCAACUAAAGAAUUCGGGAAGUCUAAUAUUGAGCAAGAGUCUGAAAUUGUUCAGAAUUUAAUUAUGGAUCGUCUAACAGAAUUGAUGCCAGGAUUGCCAAACCCUUCAGAAAUAAAGUUUCAUAAAUGGAGAUACUCACAAGUUGAGAAAAACUUGAAAGAAAAAGGACAUUUAGAAAUUUCAAAAUGUCCUCAAAUGAUCCUUGGAGGAGAUGGUUUUACACGCUCUACAUUUGAAGGUUGUAUAUUGUCAGCUGAAAGCAUUGUUAGUGAAAUUGAAAAUAAUGUUACAUUGUAAAAAAAAAUAUUUUGAUAUAAAAUAUUAAAAUAAAAAGA